CUUUACCGACAGUCGCUCUCGGGCAUGUUGUUUUUCAACUCGUGUUCAUUGCAUGUGCUGAUCUCAGUUCGAAAUAAGCUCUUCUUUCACUCUGUUGCUUUCCAAGAUAAAUUCGACGUAGUUUAUAGGGUUUCUGUACGUGGAAUUUAGAUUUAAAUUAAGAUGAAGUUUUACGAAAUGGGUAUAGUUUUGAAACAUCCAUGGGAGCAGGUCGUACAGUCGUUUUGGCAGCGUUAUCCAAAUCCCUACAGUAAACAUGUUUUGACUGAGGAUACUGUACAGAGAGAGUUGGUAUCUGGAAAACUACGCUCUAUCAGAUUCCUGACUAAAACUGGACAAGGCCCACGCUGGGCAGACAAGUUUGUCCCUCAUCAACUUGUUGGGAUAAUUGAAGAAUCUAUCGUUGACCCUAAGAAACAGAGUUUAACAACUUAUACCCGCAACAUUGGUUAUAACAAAAUAGUGAGCAUUACAGAGAAGGUGGAAUAUCACCAAGACCCAACUAACCCCCAACAGACACUUGUGCAAAGGCAGGCCUGGAUUGAAUCGCAGUUCCAUAUUGGAACUCUUAGACGCCCAAUUGAGGCUUUCAUAUAUGAUCGUUUCCGUAAAAACUGCACCAAGGCUUCAAAUGGAUUCCAAUGGGUUUUGUCCAAAAUGUGGACCAAGGAACCAGUCAAUUCCCCAGUCAUUCUUAAUGAUAUUGCGCUAGAGGCAGCAAGACGAGCUACGACAAUUGCUUCCCAUGCAAACGCAAGACUCAGUUCUUAGAGAAAAACAUUCAUUCGUGUCUUUCAGUUGUAUUGUUGCACAUUCGGAACGCCAUUAGCCUUUAUAUGCAAUAUUUCAGAUCAUCUUAGGUGGUUUAGUUGGAACUCCUAAAGACCAAAUGUUUAUCAGUAAAUCAUGUACACGAAAAGCGGUUACUUCUAGGAAGUCGUAACAUUACCUUGUUUGUAACAGUAUCGUCACCUUAGGUGGUGAAAAAAAAAUAUAUUGUUUAUGUUUAUUGCUUUA